AUCCAUGUCCACAGAUACGCACUUUUCCAUAUUUCUGUUUCCAACCCAUGUACCCGGGUGGGUCAGGCCCGAAGACACCGGUUUAGGCCCAAAUCCGUGUCCGCCGAUACGCAUACCAUAUGAAUGGAAACGUACAAGCAGGAGAGCAAAAAAGGGCAGAAGGGAAGAAAAGAAGAAAAAUGGAAUUGGAAGUUGACGAUAACGACGUCAAGGCCGCUGGAGCCGAGCUCCUCGCCGACGGACGCCAUGGCAUCCGCAUCCAUGGCUGGGAGGUCGAGUCUCUCAAGCGCUCCAUUCUCAACUCCUCCACCCUUCAACGGUGGGAAGAAAAGCUUCAGACGUCUCACUUUCCAGAGAUGAUUUUUGGAGAGAGUUGUUUGGUUCUUAAGCACAUAAAUAGUGGCACUAAAAUUCAUUUUAACGCGUUCGAUGCGCUAAUUGGAUGGAAACAGGAAGCGCUGCCGCCGGUGGAAGUUCCGGCAGCUGCAAAGUGGAAAUUCCGAAGCAAACCUGCCCAGCAGGUGAUACUGGAUUAUGAUUAUACAUUCACAACACCCUAUCGUGGAAGUGAAACAAUUGAAAUGAAUGCAACCAAGAAUGAAAUAAAGGAUGUGGCUGAGGUUGCCUAUAAUCUUCAGUGGGAGGACUGCAAGAAGCAAAUUGAUGUUGCUGCACUCACGUCGAAAGAGCCUAUUCUCUUCUAUGACGAGGUAGUCCUGUAUGAAGAUGAAUUGGCUGAUAAUGGAGUGUCACUUCUAACUGUUAAAGUGAGAGUCAUGCCAAGUUCUUGGUUUCUUCUCUUGCGCUACUGGCUUAGAGUUGAUGGAGUGCUUAUGAGACUAAGGGACACUCGUAUGCAUUGUGUAUUUGGCGACAACGCAAGUCCUACUAUUCUUCGAGAAACCUGCUGGAGAGAAGCCACAUUUCAAGCUUUAUCCGCGAAAGGAUACUCUACUGAUUCCGCUUCCUAUAGUGACCCAAGUGUCAUCAGCCAGAGACUUCCCAUUAUCCUGCACAAGACCGAAGUUCUUAAAAUCCCUGGUCAUAUUUAAGCAUGUAAGAACUUGUCUUCAUAUAAGACGAUUUAAUUUAGUUUAUUUUAUUAUGGUCCUGGAAUUCGUGUAACUUAUUUAAACAAAGGAAAAUAGUGUUGUGAUUCAUGAACAAUAUUGUGAUUCAUGAACAAGAUCUUCUUCUUCU